AUGCCAGCCGCAAAGACAGGCAAGGAGGUCGAGGUGUCGCGCGUGUUGGAAAAGGUCGCGGGUUCGCGCUCGCCGCCGGUGCCGUUGACGUCCGUGGCGUUGGCGUACGUGAUGCACAAGGGCCCCUACGUGACGCCCGUCGUGGGCGGCAGGAAGAUCUCGCAUCUGCGGCAAAACAUCGAGGCCCUGACCAUCCGGCUUACACCGGACGAGAUGGACGCCAUCGACUCGGCCUACCCCUUCGACGUGGGCUUCCCGAUGAACUGCAUCUCGGGGAACAAUCCCAAGGGCGCCAAGGGGCCGGAGGACAUCGCGUUGACCUAUCGGAUGGGACAUUUUGAUUUCGUCAAGGGCCAGCAACCCAUUCUGCCGCCUCUGGGGGUGGAAAAGUUGAGCGACGAGGAGAAGGCAAAGGUGCUGGGGUACGCCUUGUCAGAAUAA